AGAGAGAGAGAGAGAGAGAGAGAGAGAGAGAGAGAGGGGCACCUCCCACAGACUACAAAGUAAAGCAGACCAUGGAGGGCACACUGGAUUUAUUAAUCUUUGUAGCUUCAUAGAAGAUCGAGUGGAUCAAUCUCCCUUGACGCCUCCCUUAAACGAGCUUCAAGGAUGAGAAACAUCAAAGCAAAAACGUUGGUGCUGGCUGGAUCUCUUGGUCUGUUGGUCCUCCAUCUUUGUAAAGACUUUAUUGAUCACAAAACCAUUCACAUUCAAGUAGAUGUGAAGGACAGUGACAGUAAAAUAAGGCAACCGGCCAAAAACAACUCCUACGUAUACACCUGGACAAGAUGUCAACGAAAUGUGUCUGCUGCCAACAUCAAAGGCUUCAGCUCUCUUCCUGGUAGCAUACAAGACUUUCUCUACUAUCGACACUGUCGCCAUUUUCCCAUGCUACUGGACAUUCCUGAUAAAUGUGGAGGAGCUGAUAAAUCAGCAGAAGUCUUCCUUCUGCUGGUCAUUAAAAGUUCCCCUGUGAACUACGACCGUCGAGAGGUUCUGCGCAAAACCUGGGCUAAAGAGAGGUUACACAAUGGUGUGUGGAUCAGAAGGAUCUUCAUCUCAGGAACAACUGAGACUGGUUUUGAGAAAGAGAGACUGAACAAACUACUCGAGCUGGAGCAACAGGAGUACAACGACAUCCUCCAAUGGGACUUUAGUGACACAUUCUACAACCUCACCUUGAAGCAGAUUCUCUUCUUAGAAUGGAUGGAAAGAAACUGUCCGAACGCUCGCUUCCUGCUAAAUGGUGAUGAUGAUGUCUUUGCCAACACAGACAACAUGGUUGAGUUUCUCCAAGGCCUCAAGGAUAAUAAUGGAAGCAAGCACCUCUUUACUGGCCAUCUGAUCCAGUAUGUGGGGCCCAUUAGAUCACCAGGGAGCAAAUAUUUUAUCCCAGUUCAGAUACAGGAGUCAGAUUCCUAUCCCCCUUACUGUGGGGGUGGGGGCUUCCUCUUGUCUGGCUAUACCGCUUUGGUAAUAUACAAUAUGUCCCAGACCAUUACCAUUCUUCCCAUUGAUGAUGUUUACAUGGGGAUGUGUCUGGCCAAAGCAGGACUCAGUCCUGUUUCCCAUAUGGGUGUGAAGACGGCAGGACUGUACAUUCCAUCCAGCACCCUAGAUAAAUUCGAUCCUUGCUAUUUUAAAGACGUUUUACUGGUACAUCGAUUCCUUUCAGCUCACAUGUAUGUUAUGUGGCACAGAAUACAUGAUCCUAAGCUGAUUUGUGGUCCCUACAAGAAAGGCUUUAGCAGCAACAAAAAGUAACUGCUUUCACACCUAACUUGUUUGGUUCGGUGAAAACAGAUCCUGGUGCGUUUGAACAGUUAAUAUAAUUCUUUUGGGCAUUGUGAAAGCUGUCAAUCAAACUCUGGCGCAGCCUAAACAACUGGGCCGAGAUGCUUAAAAAGGGUCUGCCUCCAAGUGGACUCUAGUGCGGCUGGCUUGUGAUUUUAUGACAACCACAGGAUUUUAUGAGAGCAGAUAAUAAUUUUUGAAUUAUUUCAAAAGCUAAUCAAUUCAUCUGUUUAUAGUGAAAUCCGUUCAGGAAGGGAUAUUCUAAUUGAGCUGUAUAAACCAUGUAUAUAUUUGUGCAAAUCAUUUGGUAACUAGAUAUAGACAUCAGUGCUGGUAUUUUCUGUGGGCUACCAUCUGCAAUUCCUUUAAUGAUGACUGUAUGGAAGAGUGUGUUUUGUGUAUUACAUAUUUAUAUAAUUGCUGUCAGCUUAAAAGUGUGAUUGUGUUGUGACUAGGGAUGGGUAUUGAUUCAAGAUACAUUUUGACUGCCAAGUGAAUCAUGUCCAAAGCACAUAAUUGUCCCAAAAACAGCCAACUACCAAAAGUUAGCACCAAAUGCUUGUUAAUGCUGCUUAAUGAUUGGUCAGACAUUUUCUGUUUAAAAUAUUCCUUUUUAAUAGUAUUUUAUAUAUGAAACUAUUGAUACCUUUUGAACAAUACUCAGCUCUAAGUGGGUAUGGGCUAUAUGGUUACGGUGUCCACAGGUUUACAAAAAUAUAAUUCAGAGAUAAAACUCAGGGUUUCUUAAGUCUAAUAAUGUAAUGUUGUCUAAUGUAAUUUUCUGCUAAAGCAACAUAAGUUGACAUUUUUUUAAUUUAAAGAUGUUUUUAGCACAACCUGUAUAUUACGGUUAGAACAAUAUGUUCAGAAAGAGAUUAAUAUUGUGUUUGUGUGCCUUACAUAAGUGUUUCUCAACCAGAAACACAGUUAUAAUUGUAAAAAGAUGUUUUGGAGGAACGAAAUUGUUUAUGUACUGUUUGUAUGUAUUGUUUAUGUGUCAAAUACUUAGAAAAUACAAACAGUUACAAACAGUAAUAAUCAGUUGUCAGUAAUAACCAUUAUAAGGGGAUGAACGGUUCCUGACAUAACGGAAAUACAAACAGAGAGACACACAGAGAUUUCUGUCUUUAUUAAAGAGAUACAGAAAUGCCCAAAAUCUUUUAUUUUCAUGUUGCUAAGAAGAUAUUAUAUAUUGUGUUUUAUAAUUUAUGUCUUUGAGAUGAAAUUCUGUACUGUCUGUAAAGUGUAUUUAAUACAAACAAACAAAAAUAUAUAUAUUGGUGUUAUGUUGUUAGAUCUUUCUCAGUGUACACCCAGAGACGCUAAUAAGAUAUUAUUACUAUUGGAUUAUUAUUAUCUUAUUUCAAGGCUCUGAGCACACCUGGUGGGAAGCUACUUGACUCUCUCUCUCUGUCUGACCAACAUCACAUGCUGAAACCUAAAUCAGACGAAUCAGACUGGUCAGAGAGUAAAGUAAAAUCCCCCAAAAUAUUAAAUGAUGUUAAAAGUAUUAUGGAGGUUAUCUGGAAAGACAAUACAGAACUGUGGCGCCCUCUUGUGUCCAAAAUAUGUUACUGCAGUACUAAAUGACUUCCAAAAUGAAAAACGUGCAGUGAGGCAAAACCAUGUGCCAUAUUAAUAAUGGGAAUGGUAAUGUCCAGUCUUGCGAUAUGUUAACAUAGUCCUCCCACAGAAAAUAAUUGCAGAACAAAUUGACAGCAUAUAAAACACAUGCAAAAUAUGAGUGCAAUGAGGCCAUAUGUGCCAUUUCCAGUGUUGGGGAGUAACUACUUAGCCUUCAUGUAAUGUAGUUAGGCAGCCUAGGUAAUUUAAUUACAAAAUAAAUGUAACUGUAAAAAAGUGUAAUUACAGUAACUUAUGAAAAUGUACAUAAAUACAUUGGGGGAAACAUCUUAAUAUUGUCUUUAAUAAACUAGACUAUAGACUA